ACAUACUUGGGUUCAUCUCAUGUUGAAUUUUAAAUAUAUUUUCACUGUUUGUAGUUCUGUAACAAGUCAGUCAAGAAUGUUUAUUUAUUUAUUUAUUUAUUUAAAAAGUAAUAAUUUAAAUGUUCUUUAAAUGCUGCUGAUUAAUCAAUAAAGACAUUAACAGUCUUGCUGAAGACUUUGAGGUAGUUAAAUAUAUAAUAAUUAUAUGUUUACACAGUCCUCAUACCUUUACCUGAAUAUCAUUUCAUAAUACUUUUCACACCCUUGUCUGGUUUGUUAAAAACAAUUCGUGCCACUAUGAUUGGGUCUCCAGACUUGGUAGCUUUCACCAAAGAAACAGAUUUCAGUGAAAUAACCACAGACUCUUCGGUACUUCCAGAGGAUCUGUCUGUGCCCAUGUAUCCAUACACUGGGGAUGCCACCCCAUGGUCCAAGAUAUCUAGUGCCAAGUUAAAGAAAGAUUUCAUCCUCAUAUCAGAGUUUUCAGAGCAAGUUGGCCCCCAGCCAUUACUUACAGUUCCUCUUGAAACUAAAGCUUGUGGGACUUUUGAUUUGAACUACUUCUCUCUUCGGAUCAUGUCAGUGGACUAUCAGACUUCCCUGGCCGGCUCUCCAGGUUACGGUUCCUUCAAGCUGAACUUUGUAGAAGACUCAAAGGUGGUUUUAGCAGACUCAAGAGAAGGAGUAUUUGCAUAUGUGCACCACCUGACCCUCUAUGACCUGGAGGCUCGAGGUUUUGUGCGGCCUCUUUGUCUUGCCUAUGUGUCGUCUGAUGAAAAUAAAAUCAUUCAACAAUUCCAAAGGAUUUCCACAGAAUUCAACAAAGUCUCAGAAUGUCUGAAAACUGGAAACAGGAAGAACUUUGCGAAUGAACUGGAGGUAAAGCUUAGAGAUUUGGAGUAUACAAGAGUCGUGUUACAGAAAGAGUUAAAUACUGUGUCUGUAAAGUGCAGCAGUGAAAGGGAACCAAUAUUAAAUGGUGUACAUUCAUUUGAGAGGAAUGCAGAUGAGGUGAAACUGAACGAGAAAUCCUCUCACACAGAUGAAAUCUCACCGCAAGAGAAAGACGGAUGUGGGAAUUCUAGAAAGGUGGAAGUGAAGCUUGAAAAUGAGAAUAGGUCACAUUUUGAACUUGAACAGUACGGGAAACAAAGAAAGGACAAACCGGAUAAAACAUCAUGUCCAAUGCCUUUGGCUAACAAAAAUGAUGAGUUGGCCAGUGUAGAAAAACUGAUUCAAGACUAUAAAAGCCUUCUAAAGCAGGUCACUUGUUACCCAACUAGAAAGCUUAGAGACUCUGAAUACUCCCCUUAUGAACCUGAUGACCUCCCUCAGUCUUUUGACCUCGACCUGGACAGUCAGUUUUCCGGGCCAAUGCUAGAAUGCAGUGUUUUUACUUAUACAAACACACCCUCACAAACUCUGCAGCAGAUUAACUCCACGUCAUCCAGCCGAUUUGACAAGCGUCUGAAAACUCUCGAGGAAUUGUGUGAUGACUACUUCUACCAACAAGCACUGCAGCAACUGUACUCUAUCGAGAGAACGUUCAGAGGUGACGCCUGCUAUCUCUACACUCAACAACUCUGCCGAAAUCUCCUCCGCAACCUCAAAUCUACUAAUUUCUUGUUUGAGGAUCUGUGCGACCUGAACGAUGAUGUAGGGUUACAGAUUGGGCAAAGCACAAUCCAGCAAACAUCCUUUCUUCCUGCACCCUCAUUUCUAAGUGGACCGGUCAGUCUUGAGUCAUACGCAUCUUGUGUUGAAAUGGUGCCAAUAAAACUUGAGUUGGGUGGAUCCAGCCAAUCUCAAGUUCAACAUAGCACUUUAAAUACACCUUCAGAGGACAACCGACCCCAAGUAGCAGACAAAUCCCCAGCAGAGGUUGAGAUGAAAGAUGAGAUCAUUUCAGCUCCAGAUUGUCAAGGAAAUGUGGAAAGUGUCUCGAAUUUGAUGAAAACCAGUAUUAGUAGUGGAGACAGUAUUGAGGUGUUGGGAACAGAGAGGUCAUUUAGAUCCCAGGGGGCAAAUACGCCAGUGGAAACAGCAAUGCACAGACCUCCACCUUUGUCUAGUGCCACUGCACUGGAAGGUCUAAAGCAAGGAAGGGUGCCUACCAGACGAACAUGCAGUGAAGACAGCAUUGAGGUGCUUUGCAUAACAGAAUCCAUCUUACCUGAUGAACUGCGUGCCUCAUACCCCUGCGCAAUUGAUGAAGAAAGCCCAGAGCAAGAGACUGAUGAGAAAAACUCGUCUCAAUAUCAAGAAGACAACAAUGAAAAGAGUAUAUAUGUUCAGGGAAAGAUCUCUGCAGAUCAUGAAAAUGCAUGUUUGAAAAAGCUACAUCCAUCAGUCACUGUAACCCCACCAGACUGCCCUUUGACUCUAGAAGAAACAAGCUUUCAAGACUCUUGUCAAGCAACAGAAUCAGCCACUAUGUUGUUGUUAGAUGAGCCCAGCCGGAUGGUACCUGACGAUUUAUCAGACUGCUUCAGCUAUCGGAGCACCACUGCAUCCACGACCUCCGAAUGCACUUUCCCUGCGUGUCUUCCCAAGGACAAAAGAGAAGGUGGGACCAGACGGAGACGAGGCAGAGUAGGAAGAGCAGCACUUCAGUUCAUGCGGCAGUUUCCCUUUGCAGUGCAUGCAGUGUUUAGCCUUCUAAGUGGCCGAACAUUGGUGGUACUAGGAAGUGAGGAGGCUGCUGUGAGACGACUAGUUACAGCACUGUCCGUGUACCUGCCACAUCUGACUAAAUACAAAGACAGCAUCCAGCCUUGGACUUCAACACCACUGCAGCUUACGGACCUGCUCAACUGGAAACUCAUUGGUUUUGACAGGAUGUGCAGUUUUAAUCCCUCAAGUCUGCCUCACUGCCUGGACCAUUACAGCCGGUACCUCAGUAUCCUAGAUGUAGAUCAAAAAACCCUGCACUGCCCGACCUACAGUGGUUCUCUCAUCAACCUGCUGGUGGAACCCAAGAGCCACUUUAAACGUGGAAACACCUACUUCACAUUCGCUCAAAGUGUGCAAAGCAAGCUCGUCACCAAAGCAUUCCUCUUAACAUUCUCACAUGGUCACCCUUCACCCAGCAGGCCCCAGGGAAGCUCAGGGACAGAAUGUUUUCUUUCUGAACUUCACACUGAUGACAAGAAAAUCCUUCGCUAUUUAUCUGAACUCAUCAAACUGCACUUCAUGGAGGUUACUCCCAAUGUGCUCCUAUUCAGCUACACCACAACAUCCAUCUUCAAACUGUGAAAGUCAUUCACAAAAACUACUCAAAGAUUUGUGCAAUGUAGUGUUGUAAUACUUGGCUUUGACUGCAGACACAAAGCUGUGUUGCUCAGCUUUAACAUUAUAUUUACAGUUUCUGCAUGUUGUGAUAUCUUGUUUACAAAAGGCACUUAUACAGUAAUUAUGGCUUAAUUGCUUGUGAAAAGUUCCCUGAGAAUUGCAAUCAUUCACAAGCUUAAAUGAGCUACUGUAUAACAAAGCAAUAUUGAACAGCUCUGUAUCAGUUGCAUUUGAAUCUUAACUAUUUAUUUACAAUACCACUAAUGUUUAAAGACUUGAAACUCUGUUUGCUGAAUAUAACUGUGCAAAUAACAAAAUCAGCCUUAUUAAAAAGUAUAAGAAAUAAAAAAUUGAUCUUAACUACAA